AGGUUUUGUGUGUGUUUUGUUUUGUUUGCUCUAUCUACAAUUGAUAUUUACAUCAAAAUUAAAACAUUAUUUUUCAUAGUUAUAAGUGGCACGUUUAACACACACAAUUUAAGCACCUACGUAUACAAAUUUAAAACAUUUACAUUCAUUUGGCCCAUCAAAUAUAUUAAUAGCGGUACAUAUAAAACCUUUAAACCAUUCUUUUGCAUUGCGUUGAGAUUUUGACAAAGCCUCUCAGUCACAACGUUUUGUUUGCGAUUGGGAAUUUCAUUGUGAUUGCCCCCAAAACAGUGUGCAAAGGAGUUACAACACCUUGCUUAAGGAUAUCAUGUUUGUGACCUAAAUUCAACAACCCCCACACACCGCCAGCUGAUUCUUGCUUGCAAAAAGUAGCACAAAUCAUAAAAGUGAAGGUCACAGAAUAAAAACGCGGUGCAAGCGUGUGUACCUUUAAUAUAAUAGUGUAAUAUGUUUAUGUAUAACGGCUCAGAAGUGUAUGGAAAAGCCCCCGAAAUGCACCACAAGAGCCAGUCCAGUCAAUAUUUAAAUAACAACAAUGGAGUUAGUAACAACAACGAUAGCCACAAUGAGCAUAAUUUGCGAUAUUGCAGCGUUGACAACAAUGCAUUUAAUUAUUAUAAGAACGGAAGCGUAAUAAGUCCAUUUUGGAAUUUAAAGAGUCCAACUUGUUCAUCAAAUCCAAGUCCAUCUAAAAAUAGUACGGCAUCAAGACAAAUAAGCAGAUGUAACUAUUUAGUACCUGGCUCAGAUCAAGGGCCCUAUGCGAACGCAUUUUCAAACUCAUAUGCGCCGCGGAAGACAACGGCCAACAACAAUAGCCACGUGUAUCAGCAGCCGAGACAACCGGCAGACUAUUACAAUGGUCCAACACAGCACAAGGGGCGGCAUUAUGGACAUAGUAAUAGUGCGCCUGCCAACCAGGAGUUGGCAAAGUAUUGGCAAGCAUCCCUUAACAAGGAUCAACUCAAGCGGCAGAUAAGAGCUAACAGUACUUGCGAAUAUUUGGACGACGGUUCGACAUACUCGCACAACCGCAGAUCACCCCCGCUGGAGCAAUCAUGGAGUACUAUAAUCUCUGAACGUCCACGUUUCCAUUCGACAGAUCAGCAUUACGAACACUAUUUCUCGUACUUUUACAAUCGUGGCCAAGAGAAGUUAACAAAAUCCUCACCAAGUGCGGCGUACAAACCACAAAUGAGCUUAUUUCAGGAUACACCGAGUAAACGCUCGUCCAAUGCCACGCGAAGAGGCACAGCCAAUGAUAAUAACCAAAACGUAGAAUAUGAUAGUUAUUUAUUAAAAGAGAAUAAUGAAUUGCCAUUUGGCUAUAGUGAUAGUGAUUGGAUUGAUUACCCAGCCGACCGGCCAGAAAAGUCUGUUUUGAAAACACCUGUGGAAAUACUUAAUGGAAAAGAUGUUUAUGAUCCACAAGCAAACAACGAUGAACAAUUCGAUCCGAGCAUGCCAAUCCAUCGUCGCUGCAUUCAACUGGGCGAUAUUAAUGAAGUCAACAAAACUGGAGAAUCCGUGUCAGUUAAGAAUAAUUUAACAAAGAAAACAAACAAAGCCACCGAACCUGUUCCGCUGCCUCGUCUGCCACUGACACCCAAAAGAAUCAGAGGUGGACAAGCGACUGCCAAGAAAAUAUUACCCACUGUUCAUCGAGUACUCUUAUAUAAUAGUCAGAGCCCCCGUUUGGCACGUAAGCAUCACUCGUCUAAUUUACGCAGCCAAAACGUAAAGCCCCCACAUCCCAAAGGUCAAGGUGCAGGUGAUCAAGUCACUAGCUAUAUUUUAGAAGAUCCAGAUGCUAAAAUCAACGAUUUUCGUGACCCCGAUUACGAUAAUGAUGACGAUUUAGAUAACAUCUCAAACUUUGAUGAGAGUGAUACGGUUAGUAUUAGCUCGGACACUGAAGACGGUUAUAGGGCACAUGCCUAUAAACUGACGCAUUCCGGAGACCGUUUACUGUCAUCGUCCAAAAAUUCGUCAACUUUGCUCUUAACUCAGUCAUCCGACGAAGACUUAAGAAAUCCAGAUUCGGUUUUGGUAUCAAGUCUCUUUCCAUAUGUUCCACCCUAUCUAUCAUUUUCAUCGAACACCAAAAGAGGCCCCAAUGUGCCCCCAGAGCUGCAUAGGGUGUUGAAAUGGCGUGUGACAAAUAUUAUGCCAAAAGUUGUACGACUCAUAUUGGCAAAUAGCGGCAUGCGAAUGUUAAAAAAAACAAACGACUGGAUGGGCGUGUGGGGCAAGCAUUUAAAGAGUCCAUGUUUUAAAACAAUUCGCUCGUAUCAGAAGAUAAAUCACUUGCCAGGCUCUUUUCGCAUUGGCCGUAAGGAUUCAUGCUGGAAGAAUUUGCAACGACAAAUGAAGAAACAUAGCAACAGGGAGUUUGGCUUUAUGCCGCGCACCUACGUAAUACCAAAUGAUCUUUGUGCAUUGCGCAAACGCUGGCCAAAAUACGCGCAACGCAAUACAAAGUGGAUUAUAAAGCCGCCGGCGAGUGCCCGUGGUGCUGGCAUUCGCGUGGUCAAUCGUUGGGGUCAGAUACCCAAACGACGACCACUCAUCGUGCAGAAAUACAUUGAACGUCCGCUGCUAAUUAAUGGCAGCAAAUUCGACCUGCGCCUGUAUGUACUGGUUACAUCUGUAAAUCCUUUGAGAGUCUUUAUGUAUCACAAUGGUCUGGCAAGGUUUGCUUCUGUAAAAUACAGUGCCAAAGCGGAUACAUUGAAUGAUCGCUGUAUGCAUUUAACCAACUAUAGCAUCAACAAGUUUUCAUCAAACUACUCGAAGAAUGAGGAUGUGAAUGCAUGUCAUGGACACAAGUGGACGAUCAAAUCGUUGUGGACAUAUUUGGCUAAUCGUGGCGUGCGCACCGAUGGCCUCUGGGAAGCCUUAAGGAGUCUUGUUUUGCGCACUAUUCUAGCCGGAGAGAAUGGCAUUAACAGCAUGAUUAGAGCAAAUGUGGAGUCCAAGUAUAGUUGCUUUGAACUGUUUGGCUUUGAUGUGAUAUUAGACUCGGAUCUGGUACCUUGGCUCCUGGAGGUCAAUAUAUCACCUAGUUUACAUUCAGAACUGCCACUGGACGCCCAUGUUAAGGCGCCGCUAGUGCAAGGUGUUCUCAACACUGCCCUAUAUAAUAUACCACCAAAACUGAGUCUUGAAAAGCAAAGGGAGCUAGCCGCUGAAUUUUCAUUUCCACCUGGUACCCAAAUGUGCUACGAUAAGCGUUUAUACAUUAACUAUCUGUCGCGCGAAGAAAAGAAUAAGCAUAAUAAUUUUACACGAAAAACCAUUGAGAAUCGUGAGGAGUACAUCGAUGCAAUACUUCAUAAACUGACACCCGAUGAUGUUCGCUGCCUAAUUGUGGCGGAGGAUGAGCUAGCACGUUGUGCGCCCCUUGAGCGUAUCUUUCCCACAGACCAGACCUACAAAUACCUUAAAUACAAUGACACUCCACGUUAUUACAAUCGUCUAUUAGACGCGUGGGAGUCACGUUACGCUAAUAACCGUACAGAAGGCAUUGCAUUGUUACGCGACUAUUGUCAAAAUAAAUAUCACUUGCAAGUCCCAGCGCCGCCUGCCAAAAAGGACUUGAACGUUAGCCCCGAUGAGAGCACCACUAAGAAGUCACUGGUUGAUCGCGACGAUGAGCCCGAUAAAUAAGAAAGGAGAGCUCCAGUCAUACAAAUGCAAUCACAAAAAAUUCCGAAGAUUUUAUAUAAGCGGCAUAAAGCAAAACUGUUAAGAUUUAAUAAUGUUCAUCUUGUUAUAUAAAAGACUGAACAAAAUGGGUCAUUAUUUAAUUGUUGACACUUAGAAGUAACUUGUCGUCAUAUAUCGAUGCCGGUCUAUCAACUCAAAUUUUCAUUAGGACUAAUUUUAAAGCUCAAAGCGUAUUCAAUGUGUUCGAAAACUAAGUAAAAUUUUAUGUACUAUAAACUAGGAUCCAAAUUUUAUUGUACGCUUAAUACAAAUUUGUAAUUGAACAUUGUUUACGAACCAUAUAAAA